GGUGGGGAAAGGAGGUCACCGCGCCUGCGUGUUAGGAAGCGUGACCCGGGUGGGAAAGCCCUCCGCGUCCGCCAUUUUGGCUGCCUCUGUCGGUCUGUUCAGUUACCACGUGAACCACCGACGGAGACCCGUAGUGGGGGAGGCGGCGGCAGCGUUAAGUGAGAAAGGAAAAAAGACAACGAGGAAAAAGGAGGUGUCCGGGUAGGGCAAGGCGGCGACACCCGAGGCCUGGUGGUGGCGGCGGAUCGAGAUAUUCAAGGCUGAAGCAGCUACGGAACGGCAGCGGCGGCGGUCGGACAAACUGACUGACCGAGCCGGGUGGUGGCGGGAGCAGCGGGAGCAGCCGGAACGAUGCCGGCCGUGAGCCUCCCGCCCAAGGAGAAUGCGCUCUUCAAGCGGAUCUUGAGGUGUUACGAACAUAAACAGUAUAGAAAUGGAUUGAAAUUCUGUAAACAAAUACUUUCUAAUCCCAAAUUUGCAGAGCAUGGAGAAACCCUGGCUAUGAAAGGAUUAACAUUGAACUGUUUGGGGAAAAAGGAAGAAGCUUAUGAAUUGGUUCGUAGAGGUUUGAGAAAUGACUUGAAGAGUCAUGUGUGUUGGCACGUUUAUGGCCUUCUUCAGAGGUCAGACAAGAAGUAUGAUGAAGCCAUUAAGUGUUACAGAAAUGCACUAAAAUGGGAUAAAGACAAUCUUCAAAUCUUAAGGGACCUUUCCUUACUACAGAUUCAAAUGCGAGAUCUUGAGGGUUACAGGGAAACGAGAUAUCAGUUACUUCAGCUUCGACCUGCGCAGAGAGCAUCAUGGAUUGGUUAUGCUAUUGCUUACCAUUUAUUAGAAGAUUAUGAAAUGGCAGCAAAGAUUUUAGAAGAAUUUAGGAAAACACAACAGACAUCCCCUGAUAAGGUGGAUUAUGAAUAUAGUGAACUACUCUUAUAUCAGAAUCAAGUUCUUCGGGAAGCGGGUCUCUAUAGAGAAGCUUUGGAACAUCUUUGUACCUAUGAAAAGCAGAUUUGUGAUAAACUUGCUGUAGAAGAAACCAAAGGGGAACUUCUGUUGCAACUAUGUCGUUUGGAAGAUGCUGCAGAUGUUUAUAGAGGAUUGCAAGAGAGAAAUCCUGAAAACUGGGCCUAUUACAAGGGCUUGGAAAAAGCACUCAAGCCAGCUAAUAUGUUAGAACGGCUAAAAAUUUAUGAGGAAGCCUGGACUAAAUAUCCCAGGGGACUGGUGCCAAGAAGGCUGCCGUUAAACUUUUUAUCUGGUGAGAAGUUUAAAGAAUGUUUGGAUAAGUUCCUAAGGAUGAAUUUCAGCAAGGGUUGCCCACCAGUCUUCAAUACUUUAAGAUCAUUAUACAAAGACAAAGAAAAGGUGGCAAUCAUAGAAGAGUUAGUAGUAGGUUAUGAAACCUCUCUAAAAAGCUGCCGGUUAUUUAACCCCAAUGAUGAUGGAAAGGAGGAACCACCAACCACAUUACUUUGGGUCCAGUACUACUUGGCACAACAUUAUGACAAAAUUGGUCAGCCAUCUAUUGCUUUGGAGUACAUAAAUACUGCUAUUGAAAGUACACCUACAUUAAUAGAACUCUUUCUCGUGAAAGCUAAAAUCUAUAAGCAUGCUGGAAAUAUUAAAGAAGCUGCAAGGUGGAUGGAUGAGGCCCAGGCCUUGGACACAGCAGACAGAUUUAUCAACUCCAAAUGUGCAAAAUACAUGCUAAAAGCCAACCUGAUUAAAGAAGCUGAAGAAAUGUGCUCAAAGUUUACAAGGGAAGGAACAUCAGCGGUAGAGAAUUUGAAUGAAAUGCAGUGCAUGUGGUUCCAAACAGAAUGUGCCCAGGCUUAUAAAGCAAUGAAUAAAUUUGGUGAAGCACUUAAGAAAUGUCAUGAGAUUGAGAGACAUUUUAUAGAAAUCACUGAUGACCAGUUUGACUUUCAUACAUACUGUAUGAGGAAGAUUACCCUUAGAUCAUAUGUGGACUUAUUAAAACUAGAAGAUGUACUUCGACAGCAUCCAUUUUACUUCAAGGCAGCAAGAAUUGCUAUAGAGAUCUAUUUGAAGCUUCAUGACAACCCCCUUACGGAUGAGAAUAAGGAACAUGAAGCUGAUACAGCAAACAUGUCUGACAAAGAGCUAAAGAAGCUACGUAAUAAACAAAGAAGAGCUCAAAAGAAAGCCCAGAUAGAAGAAGAGAAAAAAAAUGCAGAAAAAGAAAAGCAGCAGAGAAAUCAGAAAAAGAAGAAGGAUGAUGAUGAUGAGGAGAUUGGAGGUCCAAAAGAAGAACUUAUUCCAGAGAAACUGGCCAAGGUUGAAACUCCAUUGGAAGAAGCUAUUAAAUUUUUAACACCGUUGAAGAACUUGGUGAAGAACAAGAUAGAGACUCAUCUUUUUGCCUUUGAGAUUUACUUUAGGAAAGAAAAGUUUCUUUUGAUGCUACAAUCAGUAAAGAGGGCAUUUGCUAUUGAUUCUAGUCAUCCCUGGCUUCAUGAGUGUAUGAUCCGUCUCUUUAAUACUGCAGUGUGUGAAAGUAAAGAUUUAUCUGAUACAGUUAGAACAGUAUUAAAACAAGAAAUGCAUCGUCUUUUUGGAGCAACGAAUCCAAAGAAUUUUAAUGAAACUUUUCUGAAAAGGAAUUCUGAUUCAUUGCCACACAGAUUAUCAGCUGCCAAAAUGGUAUAUUAUUUAGAUCCUUCUAGUCAGAAGCGAGCUAUAGAGUUGGCAACAACACUUGAUGAAUCUCUCACUAACAGAAACCUCCAGACAUGUAUGGAGGUAUUGGAAACCUUGUAUGAUGGUAGCCUAGGAGACUGUAAAGAAGCUGCUGAAAUUUAUAGAGCAAAUUGUCAUAAGCUUUUCCCUUAUGCUUUGGCUUUCAUGCCUCCUGGAUAUGAAGAGGAUAUGAAGAUCACAGUUAAUGGAGAUAGUUCUGCAGAAGCUGAAGAACUGGCCAAUGAAAUUUGAACAUCACUAAACAAGCAAAUGGAAUGACUUUGGACCAUAUCUAGUAUAUAAUAUUUUUGUCACGCACCUGCUGCAUUGCUCUAACUUAACACAGAAUGAGAGGAGUAAAUGUUCUUGCCUUCAAAUAGUGUUUUACGUUUUUUAUCCUGCUGAAAAAGUAUAUAUAAAAUAUCUAACAUUACAGGAUAGAGGUUCAGUUUCUUAAAAAAUUAAAGCUGCUAAAAUUGAGUGGUUAAAAAAGAUACCUUAUCCUAUUCCUACCCACCCACCCAUGUUUUUAAACUAAUUUAUAUAAAAUCUGGAGGCUGUUACAGCUAACAAAGCAGGUGUGUGGCAGAAAUAUUACUUUAAAUUUGUCUUGUGAGAUUUUACUAUAUCUCAGACAGCAUAAAUGCUGUUUUAGCACUGGAUUCUUUCACUGAGCACAAAGAGUUGUUGGGGCUUUAGCAUCUGACUGAUUUUGUUACGGGGUUGAUUCUGACCAUAGGAAGUAUGCAAUGUGAAUCACUAUUUACAGAGAAACCUACAACAGAUGCUUGAUGUUGUAGAAACUGGGACAUAUAGAUACCAAGCAAAAUUAUAAGAAACCUAUAAGGUGUUCAAUACGCUUGUGUUUCCAAAAUUCACUGUACAUGAUCAGUUUGGUGUUCUUGUACCACAGUUUUUAACUGAAGGAACCAGUUGUAACAGUCUCAAUUUUAACUAAAACUUGAAGAACUAAAACAACAAUGCAAACCUUUCAGCAUUGUUUGGCCAAACUUGUUAAAACUGUAAUGCAAGAACCAAAUGCACUGUGAUGUGGCACCAACUAAUUAGCAAGCAUGAAUUUUUCACCCAAGAGUGAAAAAAGGAAAAUCUACCAUGGCUUGAAGUUAAAGAGCAGAACUCCUGACUACCAUUCUAUGACAGAUCAAAAGACUAAUAGUUAAAAACCUCAGCAGGCCUUGUUCACGAUAUGCAGAAAAAAAAGUGCUGCAGUUUAGAUACCUCUGGAAUUUUUCCACAGUGUCACAGGUUUGUAAUACUUGAAGCCCUACAUUUCUAAGAAUAUAUUUCUUGCUCAGUUGUUUCAGGCAAGCCCAAGACUUUGUAAUUUUUAAAGGGCCCAAGAUUUUUUUUUUUUUUUCAAAUAACAGACCAGCUUCUUUUUCUUGCAGUUACAGAUGUAAUUUCCUUUUUGUUGUCAAACAUAAGGUACCAAAUAUGAUGCAAUAAAUUGUUUUGAAAAACAGUUGUGUGAAUAUUUCAACUAAUCUGUGUUGGGCUUCUGUGAAAUACACAGGUGGAAACAGAGGUGCAAGCCAGAGGCAAUGUAAUAUGCUGUAAGGCUAGUGCAGAUGGGAGCUUUUUAGAAGGGGCUAAGUGCUGGUGUCAGGGAAAUUCCAUAAUGAAGUAGAAUGCUGCUCCUGCAUUAAGAUUUCAUUGAGGGCAAGGCUGGUGGCAGGUACUAUGAAUGUAAUUCAUAAUUUAAAAGGAAAACUAAAAACUAUUUUGAUUGGGAAAAUGAGCCUUAAUUUGUUAAACCUAUACACUGAGAACUAGCCUCAGGCUUAAUAUUCUCAUUGCAUUUGCAAGAUCUGAGCAAAUGAGAUUAAGUAAAACAAAUCAAUUGUAUAUAUAAUUGACCUUUUUGUGGAACAUGUAGUUUAUAGAAAGUAUACUCUAAAGGGAAUUUGCCGAAGACCUUUUACUGAUUGAACAGUUGUGCUACAAUCAACCUUUCAUAGUACAUGACCUGCAUUCCACAUCCCAGUCUAACAGUUUAGUAGUGAUAUAAAGAGAAGAACAAACCGAACUCCAGUGCUUUGUUAUGUUUUAUUAACUGGCCCUGUCUCAGGAACAUCUUAACAGAUGGCAAAAAAACAAAAACUUUUUUUCAACUCCUAUGAGUGGCAACUGAAGUUCUUAUUGUUGGGAGAGAACACUAGUCCUACCUCUGCCACUAAUGAGGUGUUUGGAGGAGGUACCAGCCAUAUAAUAGGGGGUGUAUGUGUGAAUUUUGUUUAAACUCUACUGUAUAUUGAAAUGAAAUUCAUUUAUUUGUCUUGACAAUGUUCAAAUGAUGUAGAUUGUCUUAGAAUGAAUAUUCAUAAGUACUCAGAACUCUUAAGAUGCAGAUGCCACCUGUGAGGAGCUAAAUUCCUAAUGUGUAUUGUAUUCCAACCCAAUUUUACUGGAACUAUUGAAUAAAUCUUUUAUUUUCUUUCAGGUUUA